ACUGGAAGUGCGUCACCCCGGUAAAUGUAAACAAUGCAGAAGCUUGGUCUCGGCUGCCCGCUGGGUUUCCUAGCCAGCAAACAACAAAAACGAAAAACGAUUAUAUUGGAUCUGAAUUACGACUGUUAUGUGAAGAUAUUUGCAUAUCUGACCGCUCUCGAUGACAAACUGAAUCUGGCCCGAGCCCAUCCGCAGUUUCGUGAUGUUUUCAUGCAAGAGGCGCCGCGUCGCUUUGCCAAAAUCAACAUGCGAAUGCUGCGCAGCCUGGCCGACUGGCCUUAUCUGCUGGGAAUGUGCGGCGAUAGCGUGUUGGAGUGUGAGUUGCGACAUGGACGUUGGGAUGAUAACAUAACGUUGCCAUUCCUAGGGCUAUUGAAUACCCAUUGCCCCAAUAUGCAACACUUGCACCUGAUUUUCGUACACUACGUGCCGCUGACACAGAUGCAGGGCACCGAGGCCAAUAUACUGCAAGUGAUGCAGCGCAAAGAUCUCAAAAGCAUCAGCUUAACCGAUGCCAAUGCGCCAAUUGUACUGCAACUGCAGCAUUUUAAGCAGCUGGAGGCGCUGCAUAUUGAUGGCUUUGACGAGGAGCUGCUGGAUGACGAGUUCAUGGAGCAACUGCAGGCUUUGCCAUCUUUGCGCCGCCUCUCUCUAAGAUUCGCCAUACGACGACAGUUUCCUCCUCUCGCCGAACACUGUCCGCAGCUGGAGCAUUUGUCGCUGGAGAACUUUGAAACGACGCUUAGUGAUCUGGGCGAUUUUCCCUCUUUGAAAUCGCUCAAUUUGAUAUGGCGCCUCUUCACACAAGUGAACAACAACCUCUUUCGCUCGCUGGCCAAGCGCUAUGCGGAUCGCUUGGAGCAAUUGCAGCUGACAAAGGUGAAACCACAACAGGCAGCGCAUAUUACAGCGCUAGCCAAUCUCAAGAUGCUGGCGUGUCCUAUGUGGCCACGGGAGGCGCUGAGCAACUUGUGCGAGUUGCAGCAACUGGAGUGCUUGGUCUUGCAGUGCACUGAGGCUGCAGUAAGCGUGAUGGAGUUGUUGGAUGUGAUUAACAAUUGCCGCAAGUUGCAACACUUGAAGCUGGGCAAGCGCUGGCUGGAUGACCAGCUGGAGCAGUUUAUUAGUGCAGCACAGAAUGCCUUACGCGCACAAAAGACGCGACCAACUUUGUUACUUACUCUGGAGUCGAUAUCCGAAAAGGAAUUGCAAGACGAGUUGCGGGGCAAAACAAAUUGCCAGUUGUUGCAGCUCGACUGGCGUCGAACAGCUUGCGGAUUAUGCACCCCGGAUCGACACACCAAACACGAAGUAUUCCUAGAUUAAGCUCACCUCACAAUGGGACUGCUCAAUGGCCAAGCAAUCGUUAUCAAAAUCAUCUUUUAAAAAUCUUUAUUCACAGCACGAUAAAAUUAGACAACAAACAACUUGUGUAAUAUAAAUCAAAAACCUCGUUAACUUUUCAAAUCUAAAAGUUAAAAUCUCCUAUUCAGAAAUACCUAAGAUAAAUGGAAGUGAGUUACCAACACGCUCGGCCUUAUAAGCAAGUUAAUAUGCAUCCCUAGUUAGUCACUGCUUGCGGCUAAUUGGAAGGGCGGACAUUUAAAUUAAAGUGCCAAUAAAUAAAUCGAAUUGUUAACUGCACGCAAAUUAACUGCUGAAAUAUUUAUUCAAAUAAAUUAUAUAUGUAUAUCCAUUACAGAAAAAUUACGGAAAUUGUUUUAUUCCAUGUGUACUAGAAUAAAUUAUAAACUAUUAAACUGAAAUUACCAGCAUAAAGAUCUAAAAUGGGGGAGGACCACUCGGAUCCCUCAAGGUAACUGCAAAUUGAACUUAAGAACUAUUUUCGUGAUUUCAACUAAAAUUAUUUAAAUGUAGUAUAGCUCACUGCUUUACAGUGGCUCCGACGCUGCCCAACGACUUCAUCAGUUGAUAGCAUUCCUUCAAUUUGCGCUUGUCGCCCACUUUCUCCAGCGUUUUGGCCGCCUCAGCCAACAAGCCAGCUCGUUCACCCGGCGAACUUAAUAGAGCUGGCGGCAAAUAUUUGCAGGCAACAUACAUGGCGGAUGCGCGCUCCCGUU